GGGUUAACAACACCUUUAUUUCAUCGCAUUAACACAUGUUUUUAUGGCUUAAAACAUCUUCAUCUUGGUGUAUCUCACAUACUGAUAAGUGAUUCACACUCACCUUACAGCAGUGAUCUUCAUCGGGGAGGGGUUAUUUAGUCUCCCGCAUAUACCGUCAGAUUCACACUGAACUGAAGCUGCUGAUCCGAGCGCGCGCUUCUGCUGCUGGAAUAAAACACCUAGAAAUCCACCGAACUAAAAAUCUGCAAUGCCUCAUUAAAAUCCAGAUUCUUAUGGAGAACUAGUUUUUUUCAUAUGUUGGACGUGGUUCAUUACUUUUUUCCUCAGACUGAACUAAAAAUAACCAGGCGCUCGGAUGGAAUCUUUGGAUACGAGGAUGCACCAUUUUCCUUCUGCGUUCAUCUCAACCAAUAAUGCGAUCCUCAUGGAAAUUAUGCUUUAAUGGAAAUCCGAUAAUGACGCUGUACUUGAAGAUGGGAGCCCUGCAGCAUAUAAACACCCCUCUCAGGUAGCCAUGCAUCACGCCAAUUCAUCAGGCGCUGUGCCGCUCAACCCAUUUUCCAACCGCAGUCAAUGGGAAGGACAGGCCGGCUCUCUAUCACUCGCCGACCCCUCAAAUGUCACCUCGAGCAGACCCAUCCUGAGCGGCCCCAUAGCUGCCAUGCUCUCCAUGACCCUGGGGAUCCUGUCUAACAUCGUGGCUCUUCUCAUCCUGGCGAAUGCGUAUGCUCGCCUGCGCAGGCGAUCCAAGGCCUUUCUCCUGUUUGCUGGCUCUCUGGUGGCCACAGACUUUGUGGGACACGUCAUACCUGGUGCAAUAGUCAUGAGGCUGUAUCUUUCUGGAGGUGUCCCAGCUGAGGAAUACAACAGGGCUGACCCAUUAUGCCAGUUCUUAGGAGGCAGUAUGGUGUUUUUCGGACUGUGUCCGCUCUUUCUUGGCUGUGCCAUGGCAGCUGAGAGAUGUCUGGGAGUAACAAAACCACUUCUUCAUGCUUCGCUUGUUACAACUACAAGGACUAAACUCUCGCUUUCUGUCAUCUGGCUGGCAGCUCUUUGUGUUGCCCUUUUGCCCUGUUUUCAGCUGGGUUCAUAUACCUACCAAUACCCUGGAACCUGGUGUUUUAUUAAAGUGCUGGAGGACGCUGAGAAGGCAGAUAUGGCAUUUGUCAUGUUGUUUUCAGGACUUGGGUUGACCUCCCUUGCUGUUGCUUUGGUUUGUAACACUAUAAGUGGACUAACUUUGGUGCUAGGAAGGAUACGAAAGAAACCAUGUAACCGACGGUCAGCCAGAUCUCAUGAUAUUGAGAUGGUGGUGCAGCUCGUGGGCAUCAUGGUCACAUCUUGUAUCUGCUGGAGCCCUCUUUUGAUUGUUGGCCUAAUUACUGUCAAGCAGUCAUACGAGCACUCCAUAGGAGACGACCUUGCCACCUACAAGACCCUGAUGAUAAUGGGUGUGCGAAUAGCUUCCUGGAACCAGAUCCUGGACCCAUGGGUUUACAUCCUUCUCCGUCGUUCUGUCCUCCAAAAGAUUUACUUCAUCACCAAACGUCAAACAGACUUGAAGGAAAGCACUCUCCGCUGCUGGGAGAUCCACUCUUUUCCCAGCUCAGAGAAAAAUCCUGUCAGUAGAGUCUGAGAGUAAGAGACUUAAAAAAAAUGAAUACUCUGCUAAAUGUGUGUUCACACUUGACGUUUGGUUCUCUUGGACUAUUUGGUCCAAACCCUAAAUGAAAAUGAUUAAUUUAGUCCUACUGUUAGUGAAAGUUAGUUUACUUGGCAAUUAUGCUGUAAUUUUUCAACCCAGGCUUAAUAUUGAGAUGUACUCUUGUACACAUUUCUGGAAAGCGCCAAAAAUGUCCCAGGAGGUUAGUUUUCUUCUUCCGUUUUUGUUUUUGCAAAUCCACCAGAGGCCGCUGUGUACACUUUUUCAGGUCUCAAAUUUCUCUCGCAGAUGCCAUUUACACCUGCUGUUCUGCAUAAAUCUACUGCUGUUACCCGAAGGCUGAUUUAUACUUCUGUGUCGAGUGAUCGGCGUGACCCACAGCAAAUGUCUUGCGCGUAGCCGUGUAUUUAUACAAUUGAGGUCAGAUUUAUUAGCCCCCUUUUAAUUUUUUUUUGUUUCUUUUUAAAAGAUUUCCCAAACUAUGUUUAACA